AUGCAGCAAACUACUUGUAACUCUAGUACUAAUGCUCUUACUUCCAUUAUGGACUUGCCUGAUGAUUGUCUCUUCUUUAUUUUCCACCGCCUUGAUUCUUGCUCUGACCGUGAAUCCUUUGGCUUGACUUGUCAUCGCUGUCUUCGUAUUCAAAAUCUUAGCCGCCGGUCCUUGCAGUUUGAGUGUUCAUUUAGGCAACUUGACAAACCCUCAUUAUCACAUUCCAACAUUACCAUUAACAGCUCCCAUGUCCAUAGGCUGCUUACUCGCUUUCAGCAUUUGCGCUCAUUGUCCCUAUCUGGUUGCACACACUUACCUGAUUCAAGCUUGAGCCAUUUGGCAAGCUAUGGUUCAAAGUUGCACACACUUCACCUGGAUUGCUGUUUUGGUAUUACUGAUCAUGGGUUGUCUGUGGUAGCUACUAGUUGCCCCUCAUUACAAGUCAUCAGCCUUUAUCGCUGCCAAAUUACUGAUUCUGGGCUAGAAAGUUUGUCUAAUUCUUGCUCAACUUUGAAGGAUGUGAAUCUCUUGUACUGCCAUGCUAUUUCUGACUCUGGUUUAAGGGCUCUUUCACAGAGGUGUCGCCAGCUUCAGGCAGUUAGGAUAUCAAAUUGUAAGGGUGCCACUGGUAUUGGCUUUCAAGGUUGUUCCUCGACUUUAGCUUAUGUAGAAGCUGAAUCUUGCAAGCUUGCGCCAGAGGGAAUUUCGGGAAUCGUCAGUGGAGGUGGGAUUGAAUAUUUGAACCUAUCUGGUUUGAUUUGGCGUAGUGGUGGAACUGGUUUGGGAACAAUUGGAAGAGGGUUCGCCCUUAGGCUUAAGAUUCUUAACCUCCGGAUGUGUAGAACCGUUGGCGAUCAGUCUAUUGUAGCAAUUGCGGAAGGUUGUCCACUACUUGAAGAAUGGAACUUAGCACUGUGUCAUGAGGUCAGGAUAGUUGGGUGGUCUUCUAUUGGAACAAACUGCCAAAAGUUGGAAAAACUUCAUGUGAAUCGGUGUCGCAAUCUAUGUGAUCGUGGUUUGGAGGCAUUGCGAAAUGGUUGCAAGCAGCUCUCUGUUCUGUACAUGAACGGUUGUGUUAAGGUUACAUCUACAGCAGUAGAGAUAUUCAAAUGUUAUAGGGGUGAUGUUACUGUCGAGGUAGAAGAAAAGAUGUGUAUAGGGCCUAGCUGGUAAUUAUGUGUAUGAUUUAUUUGACAUGAAAAUGUCAAUAUUCUCAAGACUUGCUUGAACAUGUGUCUUUGAGCUAGUGCUUUGGUGAUCAACGACCUGAGAUUUUCACUUUACUUGCACUGAUGAUUGAUGAAAGCAAUAAGAGGGUGUUUGGUCUGA